AAAUGCCUUCAUUCAACCAGGCUGCACUUGCAUAUUUUCCCAAUAUACUUUAAAACAAAUAAUAAUCAAAAUUAUAAUAGAAAAGGAAAAAAGUUUUCUCCCAUCUUUCACGUUCACCAAAUAAUCAUUAUGUCUUCAACCGACAACAUUUUCUCCGACGGCGAAGUCGCCGAACUGGACCUCCAGAUCAUAACUUCCGGCGGCCGUCGCAUUCCGGCGCAGUCCUCCGUUCUGGCGGCGGCUUCGCCAGUUCUGGAGAGCAUAAUUGAGCGGCCGAGAAAGCGGCGGAGCUCCGAGAAAACAAUCCGGAUUCUCGGCGUACCCUGCGACGCCGUUUCAGCCUUCGUCCAGUUCCUCUGUUCUUCCAAGUGUGGUGAGGAACAACUGGAGAAACAUGGGAUUCAUCUGCUAGCACUGUCCCAUGUUUACUUGGUGCCACAGCUAAAGCAGAGAUGCAUCAAGGGGUUGGUCGAUCGUUUGACCAUUGAGAAUGUUGUGGAUGUGCUUCAACUUGCAAGGCUUUGCGACGCCCCUGAUCUUUACCUCAAAUGCAUGAAACUGUUAUCCGUGAAUUUCAUGAAAGUUGAGGAAACUGAGGGUUGGAAAUUUCUGCAGUUCAAUGACCCAUGGCUUGAACUCGAAAUCAUGCAGUUCAUUGAUGAAGCUGAACUGAGAAAGAAGAGGACGAGGAGGCUCAGAGAGGAGCAGAAGCUGUAUUUACAGCUAAGCGAGGCGAUGCAUUGUCUGGAGCAUAUAUGUCAGGAAGGAUGCACGAUCGUAGGGCCAUCUCAUAUGGAUCCUACCAAAAAGAAGCUGCCUUGUAGCAAGUUCACCACAUGCCAAGGCCUCCAGCUUCUAAUUCGACAUUUUGCUAUGUGUAAGAAAAGGGUGAAUGGCAACUGUUUGAGAUGCAAGCGUAUGUGGCAGCUUCUUAGGCUACACUCCUCAAUCUGUGACCAACCUGAGGAAUGCGCAGUUCCCCUUUGCAGACAAUUCAAGUUGAAGGUACAACAAAAGAGAGACGAUGCUCGAUGGAAACUGCUGGUGAGGAAGGUGGUGUCGGCCAAAGCUAUGUCCUCCUUAUCUCUACCAAAGAGGAAGAGAGAAGAAGAGGAACCCAGAAUGAAGAAGAUGAAUCAUCCUCAGAUGAGAAGCUUUAGUUUACAAGCUUUCAGUGAAGGAUUGGAAGCUGCUACUUAGUUACCACGGUUUAGUACUCCUGAAUGAAUCUGCAGAAUGGUUCAUUCUAAUUAAGGCAAUGAGCUGUUACCUGUUAGCAAUUAUAUAUAUAUGGGUCCAUGUCAUAUUGUCAUGUCCUGUUUAUUUGUGGGUCAACUUAAUUUGUAUCAUAAAUCCUUGUAAAAUUAAUGUGUGCACGGAUUUUUUUUUUCUUUUUGUAAAAAAAAAAAGGAAGAGAAAGUGUUGUAGAUCAAAA